CACCUUCCAGCAUUCGUCCACUCUCGCGUACUGGCUCAGGUACCGGUGCUCAGAGCAAGGAGGACGCGACAGCAGGCGCGGGGCAGGAACACAACCUGUGUCUUCCUUGCUGCGGAACAACUACAGGGCGAAAGAAGGCUGGACGACGUGCACAGCUCACCCCGGGGUCACGGGAAGUUACGUAUGGCCAGGGCUUCGUGCUUCUUCGGACGUAGUUCCCACUCAGAAGUUGAUUUGUAGGCCGCUAAGGAUGCCUGCAGGUGUUCGUCAGGCAUUCCUGGCUUUUGCGGAACAGUUGCAAGACCACCUACACCUAAAUACGGAAGAGAUUCUCGCAUGCGACAAAACCAGUGCAGACACGCUUAUGCACGCCGCUCACCUACUCUCGGGCGAUCUGCAGGCGUCGUCAUCGCAGUGCGGCGCCGGCAACACUGGUCUGGAGGACUUGCUGAAACACGCCCAUGCAGCCAUGGCAUCGAGCUCCACGCAGCGACUUCGUGGAUGGCGACGCGUCUACACCGAUGCCUGCAUUCUACUAGCCUUCGGGGACGUGCUGGAUUUCUGGGCCUCUGGAGAGGCUACGCGCGCGCUUUCAGCAGUCAGCCACCUGGAUCAUGCCAUCGUGAUAGCUGGUGCGGCGGGGGACGGCAGAUUGGACCUUGUCCUCGACCUCAUCGAAGGAAUUCAAUCUGAGUGCCUUGAUCGCCCUGCCGCUGGCCGCGGUGAUAGCUUUUUUGGUGCACCCAUACGCGACACGCCUGCAGUGACGCCGCGGAGCCUUCCCACUGCACAAAACACUGUUCGCUGUCUUGACGCGCCUCCUUCCCUCGCCUCCUUCCUCUCUCGGCAUUCACAACAACCCUUCGUCCUUCGUGGGUUUCUUGCAGACUGUCCGGCGCUCAAUGAACAUCCUUGGGGUUCGCUCGACUACCUUCGUUCUGCGGCAGGGCCGGGACGAGUGGUACCUGUCGAGGUAGGCGGCGAUUAUCGCAGCGAUGACUGGACGCAGCGGAUGAUGCCCUGGGAGGAGUUUCUCGCCAGCAUCGACGACGUGCCUUCGGCUGAGCCGCGUCCUGUGUUAUAUCUCGCGCAACAUAGUCUGUUCAAGCAAUUUCCUGCUCUCCAAAACGAUAUCGUCGUACCAGACUAUGUGUAUUCUUCCCUCGACCCGCCGAAGAACUAUCCGCAGUACGUUCCGCCGAGCAACGAGGAGCAACUCGUGCUGAACGCGUGGCUGGGCCCGGCAAACACGGUGUCACCUGCGCAUACUGAUCCGUUCUUCAAUGUCUAUGCACAAGUGGUAGGCCGCAAGACGAUAUGGCUCGCACCUCCGGAAGCGUCGUCACACAUGUACUCGUAUCCUCCCCCCUCGUCGCACAAGGUGCAUUCCUCCGAGGACAGCAGCGAUCAGACACCACGUAACCCGGCCGCUAAUCAUGAAAGUCCCUCGAUGAGCAACACCACUCGUGUAGACGUCUUUCCCUCAUCCCCGGCAGAGUUGGAGAAGAGUCAUGCGGAGUUCCCCGACUUCUGGGACUGGGUCGUUCCGGCUGCGAUGAGUGUAACACUUGAGCCGGGCGACCUCCUUUUCUUUCCUCCCGGGUGGUGGCACGCUAUGCGGAGCGAGGAAAUGAGCUUCUCGGUCUCGAUGUGGUUUUGACAUCAUGAAG